UCUCCAAAGAAAGUUGGUGAUGACAUUGCCAAGGCAACCGGUGACUGGAAAGGUCUGAGGAUUACAGUGAAACUGACCAUCCAGAACAGACAGGCCCAGAUUGAGGUGGUGCCCUCUGCCUCCGCCCUGAUCAUUAAAGCCCUCAAGGAGCCGCCAAGAGACAGGAAGAAGCAGAAGAACAUUAAGCACAGUGGAAAUAUCACUUUCGAUGAGAUUGUCGGCAUUGCCCGUCAGAUGAGGCACCGGUCUUUAGCCAGAGAACUUUCUGGAACUAUUAAAGAGAUCUUGGGCACUGCACAGUCUGUGGGCUGUAAUGUGGAUGGCCGCCACCCUCAUGACAUCAUUGAUGACAUCAACAGUGGUGUAGUGGAAUGCCCAGCUAGUUAAGAAGCACCAAGAGAAAAUAUCUCAAUAAAAAACAUGUGACAACCAGCA